GGGUUAAAGCGGCACUCAUUAAGGCAGGGUUUCUCCUGGACAUCCCCAGGCAGGAUCUUCAGCCUCCCCGGAGAAGGGUCUCUGUUCUCUUGCCUCGCUGGACCCCGCAGGGAGUCCUGGGGCCCCACACCUUGGGCUCUGAACUCUGGCUAGGCUUGGCUGCCCGUCCCUCCUUUGUCCCCACCCGCUGAGCGUCCAGGUGCUCCUGCCUGGUGACUCAGUGUCUGUCUCCCGGCUGACCUCAGCAUGAGCCUGGGGGCUGGGGGAGACGGCAGUUUCCUGUGAUACUGGGUGACUCAGGGGCCCCGGGACUGGGGCCUUAGAACGCCUUUGUUGGCCCAGGCUCAGGAAUCCAGAGAAACUGGUCGUGAGGGAGGCCCUGGGCGCUGAAGCCCCUCCCUCUGCCUCCGCCCCUCCUCUGCGCUGCUUUAACAGCAGCACCUGUGGCCUCCUGCCCUGGUUGCAGGUGCGUGCUGUGAGGAGCUGCGAGCGUUCGCGCUUGGUAACCGUGUGCCGGGCUCACCAGCACCUCCGACUUGGCUUCGUGUCCCUGAGGCUCACUAGAAGAGGCUUUCUCAGCCUCGGACUCCUAUUCUUUCCAGAGAGAGCUAACUUUUUGUGGUCUCCAACCUUGACCCCUGCAGAGACUGAGCGAUGGCGUCCAUGGGACUGCAGGUGCUGGGGAUCUCCUUGGCGGUCCUGGGCUGGCUGGGGGCCAUCCUGAGCUGCGCGCUCCCCAUGUGGCGGGUGACGGCGUUCAUCGGCAGCAACAUCGUCACGGCGCAGACCAGCUGGGAGGGCCUGUGGAUGAACUGCGUGGUGCAGAGCACCGGCCAGAUGCAGUGCAAGGUGUACGACUCGCUGCUGGCCCUGCCGCAGGACCUGCAGGCCGCGCGGGCCCUCAUGGUCAUCUGCGUCAUCGUGGCCGCCUUCGGGAUGCUCCUCUCCGUGGUGGGCGGCAAGUGCACCAACUGCUUGGAGGACGACACCGUCAAGGCCAAGGUCAUGAUCACAGCCGGCGCCGUGUUCAUCGUGGCAGCCUUGCUGGAGAUGGUGCCGGUGUCCUGGACGGCACACAACGUCAUCCGCGACUUCUACAACCCUCUAGUGGCCUCCGGGCAGAAGCGGGAGAUGGGGGCCUCGCUUUACAUCGGCUGGGCGGCCUCCGGGCUCCUGCUCCUGGGCGGAGGGCUGCUGUGCUGCAGCUGUCCCCCGCGAGGCAGCGACAAACCCUACUCCGCCAAGUACUCCGCCGCCCGCUCCGUCCCCGCCAGCAACUACGUGUGAGGUGGGCCGCUCCUGCCCUGCUAUGGGCCACCCACCGACUGCGGGGGACCGGGAGGCCCGGAUCGUGCCGAGUGACUGGCAGGUAGUCCCCGAGGAACCACCCGCCCCGACCUGGACACAUCCCCGAGGCUCCUUCCUCCGGCCAGAAUGGAGAAUCGCUCCUUGCUGCCUGCAUCCAAGCUGCUCCUGGCAGCGGGGCUGAAGGCGGGAGCGGCUGGGUACCGCCGCGGAGCCGCGGAGCCGCCGAGCUGCGUCCUGCUGGCCGGGAUAGCUCAGCCGUGGCUUUGCGCUGAGCGGACGUCCUGCUCCUGUUAGCAACUCUGCUGUCCCUUUCUGCCCUCCUCACGCUCUCCGCCCACAUCUGCUCUCCACGGUGCCUCACGUUCCCGAGCACCCCCGGUCCUACCUGGAGCUUUGGGAAGCUGCCCGGAACGGAAGGGGCCGCUGAGACCCCCAGUGAUUGACGCGGACUGGGGCCGUACCCACCCACCUACCCUCGGAAGCGGAAGCGAGGGCUGUGGAGUGGACGGACAGGUUUGAGGGGAGGGUGGGGGUGCGUUAAACUGGUUUGGGGAGGGCUGGGGCUGGGGACCUAGGAGCAGCCAGGUUGUCCCCACCCUUUUCAGUACCGUCUCGUUAAAUGCCCUGAUCUCUGUGCACCCCUCCCUCCUGAAGGACCCUGGGCCUCUUAAGCUGGCCCCUCUGAAUUCCCUACCCUUGUCAACUUCAGGGACACUGGCCAGUCUGCCAAAGGUACGGGGGGGGGGGGGCGAUGGCGUCGAAUCAGGGAGUCUCCUGGGCUCCCUACCUUCCCUGUGGUUUCUUGUUUUGUAAUUUAAGGUCUAUUCACAGCUGUAAUUAUUAUUAUUUUCUACAAUAAAUGGCACCUGUGUACAGGAA